AGAUUUGAAUCAUUUUUGCCAUCUUAUUGUUUAUUGAUUAAUUAUUCUCAAUGGUAUUAAUAAGCACCACACGGUCCAACAUUAUCUGACACAAAAUCUUCCAACACUGACCAGCACUUUCUUCAAAUUAGGCCCUGUCCAACACAAGACAAGGAUCUAUCACUGUCCUCAUUGGCAGCCCUGACAGUUAAUGUCUAGCAAUAUUACUGUAACACUGUCUUCAAACCCAAGACUGUACAGCACUGUCUAACGCUGUCCAUUACUUACACCUUUUCUUUCACAUGGCACUGCAUCACCAAUAUAUAUUCUUCCUCGUCAUGCUGACACACUCCCAAGGCCGUUUCAGCCAAUAAAAAAGGGCCUGGCUCUUUUAAUGUGCACAUUAAAAGUGGGUCAUAAUGAGGAAUUGUAGAGGAGGGGUUGAGAUGGGAAAAUGAAAGACUGAAUGUUUGAAAAUCUGUUGAAAGCCUCAUGGAAGGUGACGCCUGGGAGUUGGUGCCUAUAAAAACCACACAGAGCUAGACAGCAACACUGCAUCCCGAUACGAACAAGAGAACAGUACUUUUACGAUUAUUUGGCUGGUCGUGGUUAAUCAAAAUGACAACUAUAUUGAGGACCUUGCUUCUCCAUGCUGUGAUCCUCUGUGUAAUGCAGACAUCAGGUGUGCGUAUUGAGGCUGUUCCAGGUAGUGUUGAGCAGAUGAUUGAGAUGAAGCUGAAUGGCACCGUGUCUCUGAUCUGCCGGCAUAAGACUGCCGCUGGGACUGACAUGGAGCUGGUGUGGCUGAGAAACAAUGCUCUGGUGAAGCUGGAGAACAACAACAGGGGUGAUAACAGCUCCAUCUGUGUGACACCUCUGACACACGAAGACAACGGCGCUAUUUUUACCUGCCAGAGGAAGAAUGACACCACUUUGAAUGACUCAGUGACCCUGAACGUCACCUAUGCCUCCAGGACGAAUGGCAGUGAGAAGUUCGACAUGGAGGAACAGGAGACUCUGGUGCUGCUGUGUGACAUGUAUGCCAACCCUGCUGUGAUAGUGUCAUGGGAGUUUAAUGGAACCCAACUGGAGCACACCACUGGCAAAGUCAUAGUGACCAAUGACGGCUUCACGAGCAAGCUGACAGUGAACAAAUUGGACAUGGAUCUGCACCAGGGAACGUACAUAUGUGAAACAAAUUCGCCCAAACAUGGAAAACAAAGACGAACCUUCAGUGUUGACGUUAAAGAAAGGACCAUCAGGUUCCCUGUGAUGCCGAUCGUGGCUGGCGUCGUGGUAGUCUUCCUCACAAUACUUCUGGCCAUUUUCUCACGAAGAAAGAAGAUUGCCAAGUGCUUCAAGUGAAGCCGUUACAUGUGGAACCACUCCAAGCAGGUGCCUGUAAAUGUAUUCAUGAGAAUUCUGUGUAAAGGUUAUGUUUUAUACUGUAUUUAAUUAUAAACGUUUGGAAAAUGAAACCUUGAGACGUUGCCUUGUAUGAGGUGAUUGAAAGCUGGAUUAUGCCUGUAUUUAAAAAAUAAAUAAAAAGGUACUAUAUUGCAAUUGGUUAGACAUUGCAUUUUUAUUGUUUCAUUUUGGAUGUAAAUUAAACUUUAACU